AUGGACAGUAUUUGGGACAUUAUAAAAGAUUCUUCAUCUUCGAAUAAAUACUCUGCUGCAAAAGAAAGACUGCUAAAUACUUUCAAAGAAAGUGAAAAUCUCCGUAUAAAACGUUUAUUAACCGGUUUAGAGCUUGGAGAUAUGAGGCCCACGCAGCUGCUUUUAAAAUUGAAGUCCAUGGGUGUUGAACUCUCUGAUCAGAUGUUACGGUCGCUUUGGCUGGACAAAAUGCCAGAUGCGGUGAAACACAUUUUAGAGGUGAGUGCCGAGAGCCUUGACAAAUUAGCGGCAAUGGCUGACAAGAUUGUAGAAUUGAAUUCCCGUCAAGAAUUAGCGGUGGUGAGCGAAAAUAAAGUAGUUGAUGAGCUAAAAAAUAAAGUUGCUGCUUUAGAGCUGCAAAUUGCCAGCAUGUCUACUCGUCAACCAAGAUCGCACAGUGGCAAUUAUGGCAGAGAACGCAGUCAUAGCCGUACCUACCGGGAUUGCGGUUUAUCUUAUCGCAGUAUUGCUGCUCGCGUCGGUCGAGAUCCAAUGACUGUUAGCAGAAUAUGGAAUCGAUGGGUUCAGGACGGUAAUACGGAACGCCGUGCGGGAUCUCAAAGGCCACCUAUCACUAGCAGCCGAGAAGACAGGCAUAUUAUCCGCAUGGCUUUAAUGGAUCGUGCAACCACGUCACGAGCCGUGAGUCAAGAAACGGGCUCGUUUGGAAGACAACAAGUGUCUGCACGAACAGUUCGAAGACGUUUGCAGCAGCAUGGACUCUCAGCUCGGAGACCAUGGCUGCGGCUUCCCUUGACGCUGCGUCAUAGACAGGAGCGCCUUCAAUGGUGUGAUCAACGACGAGCCUGGGCGCACGAAUGGCGAGACGUCAUCUUUUCAGAUGAAUCCAGGAAAACAAGAGAAUAUUUUAAUUAUUACUUCUUCAGACCCUACCCUCAUAUUGGACCGUAUAUUAUAGGAUUGCUAUUGGGAUACAUUUUGGCAGUGAAACCCACCUUUAAACUAUCGAAGAAAAUUCAAGUUUUAUGCUGGGCUCUGGCUUUUACGUCCUCUUUCUCUAUAAUUUAUGGAUCGGUUGAUUGGAACCGAGGUAGAAAACCCACUGUGGCAGAAACUGUUUUCUACGCUUCUCUCAGCAAAAGCGCUUGGGCACUGUCUGUGGCGUGGGUGAUUUUUGCUUGUGCAACUGGAUAUGGAGGUCAUGUCAAUCGUUUUCUAUCUUGGGAAGGAUUUGUUCCAUUGGGUCGUCUGUCAUUCAUGGCAUACCUUGUGCAUCCCGCUGUAAUCCUGAUAUAUAUAUCGUGUUUACAAACAAUGCAGCAGGCUUCACAUUUUUAUCUGAUUUGGUUGUUCUUCGGCCACCUCUGCAUCACAUUCAUUUUGUCGUUCGCUGCAAGCAUGCUAGUAGAAGCUCCCUUCAUAUCCUUGACCAAGAUGAUGUUUUCAAGAGGAACCGGAGUCGAACGGAGUGAUGUUUCCGAGAAAGUGACAUCAUUCCCCAUUCAGAGCUUGCGUCCUUACAGCGAUGUCAAAUUGGGCGUCGACAACGGCGCCACUGUCAACCAUGACGCCUCGAAGAUCUAUGCAGAUGAACCGGUAUCAGACGGCAUAGUUUCUAACAGAAUUAAUGAAAAUAAGGAGAGAAGGUUUAAACUGGGUGAUUUGAUGGCUCAGAACGACUUCAAAGACGAUGGUGGUAUCGUUGAAAAGCACGAGCUUGAGGAUGCAAAAGGAAAUAAAGAGAAGCCUAUAAAAUUGAGUGAUCUGAUCGCUCAAAACAACUUCCGCGACUAUGGUAGCAGCGUCGUGAAGCUCGAGCUUGAGGAUGUAAUAGCAAAUAAGAGUACAGACAAGAAGAUAAAAUUGAGUGAUUUGAUCGCUCAGAACAACUUCCACGACUAUGGUAGUGGCGUGGAAAAGCACGAGCUUGAAGAUGUAAAAAUUGAAGGCAACAAACCAUCUGAUGAAAUCGAAUACAAUGGAAAAAUUUCUGAAGUCAUUGUAAAACAUGAAGAGGAUGAAGGGUCUAAAAAAAGACGUUGUAUUCAUCUUGAAGGUACUGAUGAAGCGGGAAAAGAAUCGCAUUUUCAUCUUAAUGGUAUCAUUGAAGCGAAGACGGAAUCACAUAUUCAGCCUAACGGUAAUUGUAAAGUAGGAAAUGAAGCACAUAUUCAGCCUAACGGCAAUUGUAAAGUUGGAAAUGAAACACAUACUCACCUUAAUGGUAUUAAUGAAGCGGGAAACGAAUCUCAUAUUCAUCCAAAUAGCAACAAUAAUGCAAAAAAUUCAAAUGGAAUCGUCGAAGUUGAGAAAAACGCCCAAAAUAUUGAUGUUGAAGUGAAAGCUACGUUUUUUCCUGGUUUAGGUUGGAAAUUGGGAUAAACAUUUUCCCCUUGUGUUUAUUUGCAUCAUGUUUCAGUCAAAUGAAAAAUAACGACAGUGUUGAGAAAAAAAGUAUGCAGAUUGGGUUCAAGAUGAAUAUAAGAACGGCAUCGCUGAAAUACAGGCGACCCCAGAACAACACGGUACUUGAGAAACACUAGUUUCAAAGAACACAGAUACCUUCCUCCGAAUCACACGAUUUUCAAGUAAUUUUUCUGGAAAAGAAAAUGCAUAUAGAACUUGCUGGAAUGUAGAUGUUUCUCUGUGGUCACCUGUAUUUAUUCAUAUGGCGAUAUAGAGUAAGUCCGGCGAUCUUGCCCCACCUAAGCAGAAACUUUUUUUAAAAAAAAUAUGUUAACAAAAAUUAAAAGAUAAUACCUCCCGCCUCUCUUAAUGUAGGUCCAGAUGCAGUGUAAAAUUUAUCGUCGCCAAAAACUACGAAUAAAAGUUUUUAUUGCAAAAAAAAGAAAAAAAAAACUGCAGCUUUGGGGCAUAGUACCUUGACAGUCAGACAAUUCGCCCCACUAUACCAGGUAAAAUGCCCCACUUGACCAGCAUUGCAAAACUUGCUGCUAUUAGUAAGAAAGUGUAUUAAUUGACUAAAUUAGUUGAAAUAAAUACAAAUUAUAAUGUGGGCAACUAAAUGAAAAAUCAAAAUCAAUUUAAUUCUGAACUGCAAAUAUAGGUUAAAAUAUUUUACAUAAUAAGCACAUUACUUGUGGUUUUUAAUAACUUUUGCUUUUCAAUCUUGCCACAGCCAUUACAUCUCUGAUUAUACAUUGUGCACGUUUCAUGCAACCAUCCUAAGCAGUCUAUACAUUUUAUCCAAUCUACAGUCGACGUCAUUCAGGUCUUCAUUCAGGUGGGGCAUAUUACCUUUUUGGAAAGGUUAAUUGCCCCACCACCUCUUGUUCAAACAGCAAGUCAAUAUGGCUGCAAUUAAUAGUAACAGCCUUCUUUAUGAUACUCUUUUACUGUAUAAACCGAUAAUUGAACAUAAUAUUUGAACGCUAGUUAAUUAAACAAAAGUUCUUAAAAGCAAAAUCUUAGAUCAAACGUUAUAAAAUGUCACUCUUACCUUUCACUUUGCUCUGAAGCUGUAAUGACCUUUGAAAAAUCGCUGAAAAUGGCUUUAAUAUAUGCGUGUAACUUCUUUAUACACAAAUCCCCUUGGAAAAAGUUGACACAGGCGCACUCUGUUGUUACAAUCGUGAAUUACAGUUACUGGGGCAAUUUAUCAGACGGGGCAAGAUCGCCGGACUUACUCUAUUUCUUUUAAUUUAAAAUGUUGUAAUAUAUUAUAUAGUCUUUUUGUCGUUUUCAGCGAAAAAUAUAUAAACAAAUUUGAAUGCUAUACAGAAAUUCUUUGCCUGCUUUGCCCUAACCUAUACCUCUCUUCGGCAUUACCCUUAGGAUUUUUCUCUCGGCUUCGGAAUUACAAGAUUUCUAGUAUCUCAUAAAACAUUUAGUUAUAUCUGCUCCCAGAUUAGUAUUGUCCGUGUGGUCCCCACAAUGUGAGAGCUAGGGAGUAUCACAGCAAUGUAGCUUGAACUGAAGUUUUUAUAGAGCUCUAUAGAGUUUUCUAGAAAUCUAUAGAUUUUAUAUUCGAAAUAGCUUUUAGAAAAGUUUUCUUUAGAAAUUUAUAGACAAUUUUAUAGAAACAUUUAGAAGUGUUCUACAAAAAUCAAUCAAUUUCAAUAGUUGAAAAUAAUAUUUUUGAACAAACAAUCUCCAACUAUAAAGAAACAUUUUGCAUGCUAAAUACUGCUACAGUUUUGUAUUGAAAAAAAUAACCUAAAAUCUAGGGAAAAUAAUUCAUGGUAAAUAUGUUCUUUUCUAUAGCACAGCAUAGAUGACUUAAAUUAUCUAAUGUGCUGGAAAAAAAAUAUAUUUUUAGGUAAAAAUUUUCAUUUAUUUUUCGCGUUUUCGUUUAGUGUACAC